CAUCAAGGUAGUAAACAACAGCGCGUCUGCGAGGUAAGAUCUCACUAGAUGCAUGGUGGAUUGUGUAUCUGAGAUUUUAGCAGAAGACGUUGGACCAUAUGUUCAGAGAGCGGGAUUUUGCAUUCUACGUCCAACUCCAUUGACUGGAAUCCCUCUGACAGCUCAUUGAAGUGCCUGCUUUCUUCUGCUGCCAUGGCUUCCACACCUCCACCUCUCAUGAAGAAGCACAGUCAGACUGAUCUUGUGAGUCGCCUCAAGUCCCGCAAGGUCCUGGGUGUUGGCGGGGAGGAUGAUGAUGGAGAGGUGCACAGGUCAAAGAUCAGUCAGAUGUUGGGUAAUGAGAUAAAGUUUGGUGUACGUGAGCCCAUUGGUCUCCGGCUUUGGCUCCUCAUCUCUGCAGUGCUUUUCACAUCCACAUCCUUAAUGGCCCUGGCUUUUCCCAGCUGGCUCUGCGAAUUAAUAUUUGAGAUCACCACCACCAGGAUCUCUAUCAGACUCUAUGGGGGAGCUCUUCUAUGUAUAUCAUUAAUUCUGUGGAAUGGCUUGUACACAGCGGAAAAGGUCAUCAUUCAAUGGACACUACUUACAGAAGCAUGUUACUUCGGGGUACAAUUUCUAGUGACGUCCAUCACCCUCUUGGAGAUGGGCACAUUAUCCAAUGGUGCAAUCGUUCUUCUUCUCAGUGAAACCUUCUUCCUCUUCAUCACCUUGAGUUACUAUCAUCACCUCGGCCGGCGCACCAAAAAGAUCUGAGGGAGGCCAGCUAUUUGUUAAAUGGGUAGAUUGGCAGCACAUAAUGCUUUGAAUACAUUAGCACCUCUAUCUGGACCAAAUGAAUUUACACUUGACUGAAAAUCAACCUCUGUUUGUGGGCAAUUUCCAUUUUAUUUAAGCACAUUAUCUGGGUCUUUACUUUCAUUAGAUACAGAAGGCUACAGAUCAUGACUGUUGUUUUUAUGUUACAUUACCUACAGAGGGUAUACUUUUCUGACAGCUCACUUUUUUGUAAAAGCUUUUUCUGAGAUUUUUUUGUAUGGAGGGUAGAUUUAAGGCACAUGUGUACGUCAGAGAAUCCCAAAUGUGUCAAAUUAGUUUGGGAAGAUGCCUGUAAUUCAGAUCAUAUUAUGUAAUAGUUUGGUGAACUUCCAGUAUGUGGUGUGUUAUUCUAUGGUAAGAAUAUAGUUUUAAAAUGGUACUGGGUUUAAUUUCCAGGCACAAUAGACACAGCAUGGCACAGUGUACAACAA